GAUCAUACUGUAGGAGUGAUGUGGUUGCGCGUGGGGUGUACCGCGCGAAUAUAAAUUUCAUUGAAGUGUUAAACCAGGAAGCAACGUUCAAACUUGGCAUGAUGCUGUCCCUGGGGCCAAUGAGAAACACUUUUGCAAGGAAUUCCUUGUUGCUUUCACAUCUCCACAAGAGCUAUGGAAUUCUCAACCAUAUUGCACCAUGCCAGGCAGGGAGAAGCAUUGGCCAAAGACAGGUCACUGCAAGCAUUGGAGGCUUCAGCAGCAGAAGGAGUUCACCAUCACUGGGAUGGACAAGAUGCACUUCACAAGGCAUGCUUAAAGUACUCUGCACAGCUGGCAGAUGUGUCAGCGAGUACCGAACAGGAAAGCAGGAUUUCGUCCAGUCUGCAGCAACUCACAGCAAGGAUGCGUCGGAGCCGGCAGCGCAGCACGCGCGGCCGGCGGCCUCCCGCCUGCCGCGGCGCUUCCUCGACACCGACAGCCUCUUCGCGCACGUGGUCAACGUGACGUCGGCCGAGUUCCCGCACGUGCCGCGGCCACGGGCGAGCUCGCACCGGACGCGCGCCGACGAGUGGGAGUGCCGCCUCACCGCCCACUGGCCCGAGACGGCGCAGUUCUUCGGCCGGGCACGCUCCAAGCGCGCGGCCAUCUCGGUGGCCAGGGCCGACAUGCUCAAGCAUCUGCAGGCGCGGAACCUGAUCUCGCCGUCCGGUGACCCGGUCCUGUACUCGCGCGACGAGCUCGGCGCGCGCGCGGCGGCGCUGCGCCAGCCGCCGCCGCUCGACGUGGACGCCCGGCUCCUGCCAGAGGUGACCCGGCUCUACGGCAGGUUCAAGGAGGUGCGGGAGGCGGUGCUGCGCCAGGAGGAAGAGCCCGCCCAGCAGGCGGACCAGUCCGAGGCGAUGCAUGCCGACGCUUGCGAGGCCUUCUUCGGCGGCCCGGAGCGGGCGUGGCCGGCGGCGAGGCGCGAGGAGCGCUCCGAGCGGCUGGAGCAGCGGCUGCGGCGCCGGCGCCAGCUGGCUGCCGAGCCGGACUCGGCCGCUGCUGACUGCGAGCGUCGUCAGGAGGGACUGCCCAUCCGUGCCUGGAGGGAUGAGAUCAUCUCAGCCGUGGAUCGGCACCGCGUGCUGGUGAUCAAGGGCGAGACGGGCAGCGGGAAGAGCACGCAGGUGCCGCAGAUGCUGCUGGACGCCUGGACGGAGCGCGGCUGCGGUGCCGACUGCAACAUAGUGGUCAGCCAGCCGCGCCGGCUGGCGGCCGUGUCGCUGGCCAGGCGUGUGGCCGAGCUGCGCGGCGAGCAGUUGCGUGAGGCGGUAGGGUACCAGGUGCGGCUGGACUCGUGCCUGCCCCAGCAGCGGGGCGGCGUGCUUUUCUGUACGAUGGGCAUCCUGCUGGCCCGUCUGCAGCGGAACUCCGACCUCAGCGGCAUCAGCCACCUGAUCAUCGACGAGGUGCACGAGCGCAGCGUGGAGACGGACGUGCUGCUGCUGCUGGUGCGCCGGCUGCUGGAGAGGGACCGCCGGCUGCGGGUGGUGCUGAUGUCAGCUUCGGUCGACACGGCCCUCUUCAGCCAGUACUUCGGCGGUGCGCCCGUCCUUGAUGUGCCGGGCCGGCUGUUCCCGGUGAAGCAGCACUUCCUGGAGGGGCUAGGCGAGCGGCUGGGCGUGGGCGCCGCCGACCUGGCCGCGCUGCGCCGGCGGGACGAGCAGGAGCGGCCGCAGCUGGCCGCUGAGCCCGUGGCGCAGCUGGUGGCGGCUGUGUGCCGGCGCCGACCGCCUGGCGCCGUGCUCGUCUUCCUCGAGGGCAUGGCUGAGAUCAAACAGGUGGAGGAGCGCCUGCGCCAGCUGCUGUCGGACCCGUGCUCCCACUGGGUGCUGCCUGUGUCCGGCCGACUGAACGCCAGCCAGCAGCACGCCAUCUUCGACCGGCCGCCGCCCGGCGUGCGUAAGGUGGUGCUGGCCACCAACGUGGCCGAGACCGGCAUCACCGUCGACGACGUGGUGUACGUGGUGGACACGGGCGCCGUCAAGCAGGCGCGACUCGACGCCGAGACGGGCACCAGCUGCUUACGCACAGAGUGGAUCUCCCAGGCGAGCGCCGCCCAGCGCCAGGGCCGGGCCGGACGGGUGCAACCGGGCGAGAUCUACCGACUGUACAGCCGGCGCCGGCUGGCGCAGAUGGACGACUACGACACUCCGGAGCUGCUGCGCGCCCCGCUCGAGACCGUGGUGCUCGACGCUAAGCACCUGUCAGCCGACACGCCGGCCGAGGAGUUCCUGGCGUCCGCCAUCGAGCCGCCGUCGGCUGCCGCCGUGCGCGCCGCGCUGGCCGAGCUGACUGCGCUGCAGAUGCUGGACGACGACGAGCAGCUGACGGCUCUGGGCCGACUGGCGGCGCGCUUCGAGCUGCACCCGCGCCAGGUGCGCCUGCUCGUGUACGGCGUCAUGUUCAGGUGUCUGGAGCCGGCGCUGACGCUGGUCGGCUGGGAGAUGUCCGGCCGUGAGCCGUACAACGUGGCGCUGGAGCGGCGGCAGGAGCUGCUCCGGGUCAAGCGCCAGUACAGCCACCUCUCCGACCAGGAGGUGGCUGUCAAACUGUUCCAAGGCUUCCUGCGCGACCCCAGCGACAAGCACUUCUGCGAGCAGAAUAUGGUGUUCAGGAACGGCAUGCACACGGUCAAGUCGCUGGUGCGGAUGGUGCGCUCUCAGCUGCAGCAGACCGGCCUGGUGGGACGGCACGCGUCGUUCGAGCCGCGCCUCGCCUCGUCCGAACACGAGCUCAACGCGCUCGCCGAGCGCUGGCCGGUCGUCACGGCGGCGCUCAUAGCCGGCCACGUGAAAAACGUUUCCCGUAUUCAGCGUGGCGCCGUGGUGAAGGGCCGUGUGAGACCCAACGUGAUCUCCAUCCGGUGCAGCCGGGGCGCGGCCGACACGGUCGGUGACUCGGUGAACCGCCAGCCCGGCGGCGCGCUGCCCUUCCUGGCGUACGGCAACGCCUUCUUCUCGACGCACCGACGACGGCGCGUACUGCGCGACACCUCGCAGGCCUCCGCCUUGCAGGUGGCGCUCUGCUACGGCGACCGCAGCAAGGCGCUGCCAGUAGACGAGGAGACCGGGCAGCAGACGCUGCGGCUCUCCUGCGGCGGCGAGUUCCCCCUGCACGUGACGGCCGCCCCCAGCGCGGUGCGCUGCGUGCAGCAGCUGCGGCACGUGCUGCACUUCACCGUGUGGCAGCAGCUGGAGGCACUGGACGUCCCCGGCCCGACGCCCCAUCUGGAGGACGUCGUGGAGGUGCACGACGACGCUGUCCGCCUGCUGGCCCGCCUGCUCGAGACGGACAGCGUACCGCGGUAGGCCGCGCGCCCCUGCCCCGUGAGCGGACAUGUCUGUGUAGGUAGUCCGGCGCGCGGCGAUGUCGGAGAUAUGUCUGGUGCCAUAGUGGGACCGAAUGUCAGCUGGAACAUGAGAGAGAGAGGAGAGAGAGAGAGAGAGAGAGAGAGAGAGAGAGAGAG